GAUCAACAGGAAGUUCUGACCAGCUUUGUUUAUUACCUUCUCGGUCUUGCUCACUUUUUUAUUUUGGAAGUCAAUAAAGUUUUAUGUGUGUAUUUUGUAACAUGAUUUCUGCUAUGAGAUAAUAAAAUAUGAUCGUGCGCUAACUUUGUAAUGGACGCGAUUUCGAGCGGCUUUUGAACGUAACGGUAGUGAUGUUUGUGGGAUUGGGAUGAAUCAGCUGAUUGUUUUACUCAUGAUUCAUCAAUAUCUCAUUCGUGUUUAUACGCGUCAUAUGCAUCUAAACCAAGCCACGGGAGUUGAACUGCCGAGAACUUAAUUCGGCUUCUCUCGGUGUCAAACUCAACCGGAGGGUAAUGUGAGAGCUCGGCGGCAGCAGGAGAGAUGCCGUGCACAUGCGGGAACUGGAGGCGGUGGAUCCGGCCUCUGGUGCUGGUGCUCUACAUUCUGCUGCUCCUGGUGGUCCUUCCACUCUGUAUAUGGGAACUUCAGAAAUCUGGGGUUAGUACUCCUAAUAAGGCAUGGUUCAUCGCUGGGAUAUUUGUGUUUAUGACUAUACCCAUCUCACUGUGGGGGAUUUUGCAGCAUCUAGUACACUACACACAACCGGAGCUGCAAAAACCUAUUAUCAGAAUAUUAUGGAUGGUUCCUAUAUACAGCCUGGAUAGUUGGAUUGCAUUGAAGUAUCCCAACAUUGCCAUCUAUGUAGACACAUGUAGAGAGUGCUAUGAGGCCUAUGUCAUCUACAACUUCAUGACCUUCCUUCUCAACUUUUUGGGAAACCAGUAUCCCAGUCUGGUGCUGAUGCUGGAGGUGCAGGAGCAACAAAAGCAUCUCCCCCCUCUUUGCUGCUGCCCUCCGUGGCCCAUGGGAGAAGUGCUUCUGCUGAGAUGUAAACUGGGGGUUCUGCAGUACACAGUUGUGAGACCCGUCACCACAGUCAUUGCUUUGAUUUGUCAGCUUUGUGGGGUCUACGAUGAAGGUAACUUCAGUUCAAAAAAUGCCUGGACAUAUCUGGUUAUCGUCAACAAUCUCUCUCAGCUUUUUGCCAUGUACUGUCUUGUGCUGUUCUACAAGGCUCUGAGAGAAGAGCUGAGUCCCAUCAAACCUGUGGGCAAAUUCCUCUGUGUCAAGCUGGUGGUCUUUGUGUCAUUCUGGCAAGCUGCGGUCAUUGCGCUUUUAGUGAAGGUCGGUGUGAUCUCAGACUCGCACACCUGGGACUGGGACAGCGUGGAGGCUGUAGCCACUGGAUUACAGGACUUCAUCAUCUGUGUGGAAAUGUUUUUGGCAGCCAUUGCCCAUCAUUUCAGCUUCACUUACAAGCCCUACAUACAGGAAGCAGAGGAAGGUUCUUGCUUUGAUUCCUUCCUGGCCAUGUGGGAUGUCUCAGAUAUACGGGCCGACAUCUCGGAACAAGUGCGCAAUGUCGGGAGAACUGUCAUGGGUCGGCCAAGGAAAACAUAUUUUGGUGAAGAGGUUUUCCAGGAUGAGAACAGAGGACUGCUGUCAGAUGGUUCUCAGGAUCCAGGCGUUGAAUCGUCCUCCACCCCUCCAUCUCCUAAGGGCCGUUACCAGGGCAUGGGCCACACCGUAACCCCCCACUCCAUCUCUGCUCCUGCCAACCUUGGCAGCGUACCAUGGGAAGGAGAUGUGGAUGAUAUCACGCCCGCUUUGAUAUCUGCCGAUCAUACAGAUCCAGGCUCAGACUAUGCAGCAAUCAUUUAGCAUCACAAAUAGUUAAUGCACAUCGAUCUAAUGUGUGUUAACUACUGUUUCUAGUAUAUGCAGCCGCCGUUAACUCUGGUAACCAUUCAUACUCGUGUUUAAUAUGUGUUCAGAGAGGCUCGGUGAAGCUUUGGAAGCAAGAACACAUAUGAAGGACUUGAGUGGUGUUGGUCCUCUGUUUUUAUCUCAGUUUGGGAUUGCUUUGCUGAAAACAUGACCAAAUUAUAAACUGACAGAGCCAAGCACAGUAAUUCUCCAAUACCCGUUUUAAUUUUUCACACCAUCAGAUAAUUUAAGACAGCUUUAUGAAUGUUUUUAUUCUAAAAAAACACUAUGUAUUGAUAAUGCUACUUCAAAAUGUCAUUGACAUCCUCCUGGAUUUUAUCAAGUAAUUUUAGUUUUUUUGUUCUUCGUCAUUAUCUGAUACUUUCACAUUUUUAUCUGUGAAUGCAAAUACGUUUUAAGUAAUAUGGUAAGUGUUUUAAUUUUUUUCUUCCAUGGAGCAGCACCUUGAUCAUGGACAGUAAUAUCAAAUUGCCAGGAUGCCAUGGAGAUCUGCAACAUCUCCACUCAGCAGAGUAUAUGCAUGUGGUAAAGCAACUACAGUUUAAACAUUGGCUCUAAAG